AGGCUGGGAGAGCGGCGGAGCUGCGAGUGAGGAGGGGCGCGCGGCGGGGGCGCCGCGAGGGCCUGCUCGGUGCACUUGCGAACGCGCGGAGCGCAGAGGGAGCGCCCGGCUCUCGCCCGCCAGCGUCCGGCCACGACGCGCGGAGGGCGCGGGGAGACUGUUAUUCUGCGCUCGCCUUCGCCGGCUCUGCCCCAGGACAACUCCGCGGCGGGGAGGGCGCGCCACGACCCUGCGCGGGCGGCGCGCGCGGACCGGCCUCCCCCAGCCCAGCGCAGCCCAGCCCAGCCUGGGCUGAAGGCGAGCGGCGCGCAGCGGACAGCGGCCGCGGGGGCUGCCCCGAUGGGGCGUGGCGAUGAGUGAGCAGGCCCAGUGGAUGAGGAUGGAGAGCUGCACCCAGGAGGGCAAGAAGAGAAGCCCAGCCAUCCCCGCAUAGAAUGACUGCCCUGGGAGGGGGGUUCCCCAGACCCCAGCCGGGCUGCUGACCUUCAGCCUACAAACCGCUAAGAGCAGGACUCCAGACUCUUGUGGAUGGUCCUCUGCCCUGCGGCUCCACCAUGAGGCUCCUCGUGGCCCCCCUCUUGCUGGCUUGGGUGACUGGUGCCACCGCCGCUGUGCCUGUGGUGCCCUGGCGUGUGCCCUGCCCCCCUCAGUGUGCCUGCCAGAUCCGGCCCUGGUAUACACCCCGCUCUUCCUACCGUGAGGCCACCACCGUGGACUGCAAUGACCUGUUUCUGACGGCUGUGCCCCCGGCACUGCCCGCGGGCACGCAGACCCUACUGCUGCAGAGCAACAGCAUUGUCCACGUGGACCAGAGUGAGCUCGCCUACCUGGCCAACCUCACAGAGCUGGACCUGUCCCAGAACAGCUUUUCUGACGCCCGGGACUGUGAUUUCCGUGCCCUGCCCCAGCUGCUGAGCCUGCACCUGGAGGAGAACCAGCUGACUCGGCUGGAGGACCACAGCUUUGCAGGGCUGGCCAGCCUGCAGGAACUCUAUCUCAACCACAACCAGCUCUACCGCAUUGCCCCCAGGGCCUUCGCCGGCCUCAGCAACCUGCUGCGGCUGCACCUCAACUCCAACCUGCUGAGGGCUGUGGACAGCCGCUGGUUCGAGAUGCUGCCCAACCUGGAGAUCCUCAUGAUUGGCGGCAACAAGGUGGAUGCCAUCGUGGACAUGAACUUCCGGCCCCUGGCCAACCUGCGCAGCCUGGUGCUGGCAGGCAUGAACCUGCAGGAGAUCUCCGACUAUGCCCUGGAGGGGCUGCAGAGCCUGGAGAGCCUCUCGUUCUACGACAACCAGCUGGCCCGGGUGCCCAGGCGGGCGCUGGAGCAGGUGCCCGGGCUCAAGUUCCUAGACCUGAACAAGAACCCGCUCCAGCGGGUAGGGCCCGGGGACUUUGCCAACAUGCUGCACCUCAAGGAGCUGGGGCUGAACAACAUGCAGGAGCUGGUUUCCAUUGACAAGUUGGCCCUGGUCAACCUUCCUGAGCUGACCAAGCUGGAUAUCACCAACAACCCCCGGCUGUCCUUCAUCCACCCCCGCGCCUUCCACCACCUGCCACAGAUGGAGACCCUCAUGCUCAACAACAACGCUCUCAGUGCCUUGCACCAGCAGACAGUGGAGUCCUUGCCCAGCCUGCAGGAGGUGGGUCUCCAUGGCAACCCCAUCCGCUGUGACUGUGUCAUCCGCUGGGCCAAUGCCACGGGCACCCGUGUCCGCUUCAUCGAGCCGCAGUCCACCGUGUGUGCCGAGCCGCCAGAUCUCCAGCGCCGCCCAGUCCGCGAGGUGCCCUUCCGGGAGAUGACAGACCACUGCCUGCCCCUCAUCUCCCCCAACAGCUUCCCCUCCAGCCUCCAGGUGGCCAGUGGAGAGAGCCUGGUGCUGCACUGCCGGGCGCUGGCUGAACCGGAACCCGAGAUCUACUGGGUCACUCCAGCGGGGGUUCAACUGACGGCUGCCCGUGCAGGCAGGAAGUACCGGGUGUACCCGGAAGGGACCCUGGAGCUGCGGAGGGUGACCCUGGAAGAAGCAGGGCUGUACACCUGUGUGGCCCAGAACCUGGUGGGGGCUGACACUAAGACGGUCAGUGUAGUUGUUGGCCGGGCUCCCCUGCAGCCAGGCAGGGACAAAGGAUGGGGGCUGGAGCUCCGAGUACAGGAGACCUACCCAUUUCACAUUCUACUAUCUUGGGUGCCCCCACCUAACACAGUCUCCACCAACCUCACCUGGUCCAGCACCUCCUCCCUCUGGGGCCAAGGGGCUGCUGCUCUGGCUCGCUUGCCGCGGGGCACGCAUAGCUACAACAUCACCCGCCUCCAUCAGGCCACCGAGUACUGGGCCUGCUUGCAAGUGGCCUUUGCUGAUGCCCACACCCAGUUGGCAUGUGUAUGGACCAGGACUAAAGAGGCCACUCCUUGCCACAGAGCCUUAGGGGACCGACCUGGGCUCGUAGCCAUCCUGGCUAUCGCUGUCCUCCUGCUGGCAGCUGGGCUAGCAGCCCACCUUGGCACUAGCCAGCCCAGCCAGGGGGUUGGGGGGUGGCCUCUCCUUCCAGCCUGGGCUCUCUGGGGCUGGAGUGCUCCCUCAGUCCGGGUGGUGUCUGCACCCCUUGUCCUGCCCUGGAAGCCGGGGAGGAAGCUGUCCUCAGAAGGGAAGACACUGUCAUCACCAUUGUUGCAAAAUUCCUGAAGCUCAGCCUGUUCUUAGCAGGAGAGAAAUAACUAGGACUACUUUUUACCAAAAGGGAAGCAAUCUGGGCCAGACGCCCUGCCAGGAGAGUGACAUGGAC